AUGUCGAGUGAUAGCAGUGACUUAGAUUAUGAUCCCGUAGAUGACAGUGCAUCUGACGAAGAAGAUGAAUUUUCAUAUAAUUCAAGAGAAAGUGACGUGGAAGCCGAAUGCGUCACUUUUGAAGGCUGGAUUAUCGUGCCACAUCCUGAGGAUGAUAAACGGCUAACCGAUGUGGUACAACCGACCCUCCACUAUGAUGUACAUCCAGCUGUAGUCCUGGAAGAAGUGAUGUCUCCAAUGAAAUGUUUCGAAACAUUUGUUAGUGAGACAAUUGUAACAUUUUUAUGCAAAUGGACUAAUGAACGUGCGGCAAAAUAUUUCCUUGAAAAUAUUGACAAAAAUAUGAAAGUACACGGAUUACGUUGGCGUGAUGUGACAGUUAGUGAAAUGUACGUAUUCAUUGCUCUGGUACUUAUGCAAGGCCUGAUCCAUUUACCACACCUUAGUGAUUACUGGAGAAAAGACUUUCUUUUGGCUGGACCCCAAGUUUUUUCCGCCACCAUAAUGAGUAGGGAUAGAUUUCUAUCUAUCAUGAAAUUUUUACGCUUUACUGACCCUAAAGCCACCGACCCAUCUAGACCCAUGCCCCGUUUGGCAAUGUUCUUCGCUUUUAUAAAGGAAAAUACGAUGAUUGCGAUUGAUCCAGGCGAAACUUUUGCACUUGAUGAAUGCCUUAUGUUGUACAAGGGCAGACUACAUUUCAAACAGUAUAUUCAAAUCCAAAAGAUCUAG